AUGGCUUUCUCUGCAACAUUCCCUUCCAUUCAAUUUCUAAUCACAUCCUAUCUUGCUAUCUUAAUAUCAGGCAAUCUUAUUAGCAAUCUGAGGCCAGGCUGCCCCAAAAGAUGUGGCGACAUCAAGAUCGCAUAUCCGUUCGGAAUCAGAGACAGAUGUUUCCUCCCUGGUUUUGAAGUCACUUGCAACCAAAGCAUUCCCUUGUUAACCAACUCCCAACUCCAAAUUCUCGAGAUUUCUCCAGGCCAACUACGCGUCGAUUCCACCCCAUUCAUUUCCACAUGCCACCACUUGCCAAACUCAAGCUGCCAAACUCAUGCUCUAAUAUAUUUGCCGCGCCCUUACACGUUUCCUGCUGGCUCGAACAAGUUCAUUGUCGUGGGUUGUGAUGUGUGGGUAACCAUCUUCCAAGGCGAUUUGGCUGGCUCGUCAUGCUACUCGGCAUGCCGUGCAAGGGAAAACAUCGUUAAUGGUUCUUGCACCGGGAACGGUUGUUGUGAGAUGGAAUUGACAAUGGACUCUAACAGUCUCUUCAUGUUUCUCACUGCCGGAAAUGAGAGUUCAGUGAGUUAUGGUAGGAGUGCUUAUGGGUUUGUCGCUGAGGACAGAAGCUACAAUUUCAGUGAGUCGGAUCUUCGGGAAUUCAAUAGGAAUACGAUUAUGAAGCUCGAAUGGGCUGUUGGAGAAGGCAUAUGCUCCAGAGCAAAAGAGUCAAAUUCCUAUUUCUGUGGAGAGAACAGCCACUGUAUCGAAUCGAAUAGAAGAUAUGGCUACCUCUGCGAUUGUCUUCCUGGGUAUGAAGGGAAUCCUUACCUCAAUGGCGUUCACGGAUGCCAAGAUGUGAACAAAGGUAGGAGGAACCAUUCAUCUGCACCAGAAGCUAUAUGCGAGAACAGAGUUCAUAGUUUUGUUUGUGCCUCUCCAGAUGGGUCUGUAGGCAAUUGUUCUCAACAUGGAACUGGAUUCAACAAGGGAUCUCAACCUUCCCGUGCCAUCCUAGGUUAG